GUAAAGACCAAGGUGCCCUUCCUCAUCAAGCAUACACUGAGAGAGUACCAGCAUGUUGGGUUAGACUGGCUGGCCACCAUGUAUGAAAAGCGUCUCAACGGAAUCCUUGCUGAUGAGAUGGGUCUGGGCAAAACCAUUCAGACCAUAGCUCUUCUAGCCCACUUAGCCUGUGAUAAAGGUAUCUGGGGCCCACACUUGAUCGUUGUGCCCACCAGUGUGAUGCUGAACUGGGAGAUGGAAAUCAAGAAGUGGUGUCCGGCCUUCAAGAUCCUCACCUACUAUGGCAAUCAGAAGGAGAGGAAACUGAAGCGACAG